AUGAGUGCCACUGAUUCCCGUCCUGAAAUUGACCACCAGACAUCUCGAAGUGCGUCGGCAGACGGGUCAGAUGACGCACAGUUGACUAUACGCAUACCCAAUCCCAGAGUCUACAUGGCUCGCCAGUCGCUUUGGGUGGGACGUCGCGGUAAACUUCGUUGCGAUGCUUGCCGGGCACAUAAUCUGAAGUGCGAUAGGGUGCAGCCGAGCUGCAAUCAAUGCACCUGGGUUCCAGGACGAGAAUGCAAAUAUACUCCUCUACCAACUCCUGCUCACCGAGGCAUUCCUAGAUGCGAUACUUGUCGACUGAAUAAUUUGAAGUGCGACAGGAAUGUCCCUGUUUGCGAUCAAUGUCAAAUGGAUAACAAUCCAAACUGUGUUUAUUCACCUAAAAGGAGGAGUAAGGCCUCUACUACAGAGACGCCUGUUACUUCUAUCGCACCAAAAGCCAAUGCAGACCGAGACUCUCCACCGCCGGCACCUAGCUCUAGCGCGCCAUCUUCAUCUAUCCGUGCAGAGAGUAGCAGUCGGACGCCAACAUCCAGAACCGAUGUCGCACCACAGCAGCGGUCACAACAUUCGACUGCAUCUGUCUUUUAUCACUCUCCAUCAUCGGUAUCCUUCCUGAAGAAGGAUAUGCCCGCGAUGAUCAAAAACCGUGUCCCCCUUCAACCGUGGUCCCAUCCUUCUAUCCUUCCACUUCCACACACCAUCCUACAGGGACUCAUGAAGGUGGAUCCGGAACAGAUGCCUGUGAAGAUAAGGUAUGAAGAGGCACUUGACAACUUCCUCAACGGUCUUAUACCGAACCUUCGCGAUACCGCGCCGAUGGCUCCAGAGAUGUAUUCGGCAGUCGCUAAUUACCUGGCAGGAAAGGGAGUAACUAGGUUCGCAACUCAUAUCCGCGAAUGGAUGGCACACCAUCAUGUCCGCUCCGGAUCGAACAAAUACAGCAUACUUCUUAUUCCUCGUGACAUUGUUUUUCAAUCGGCCGACUGGGACGAGGAAAGCCUUCUUCGUCAGUAUAGAAACCACGCAGACGGAACUGGAACUGCGCCGCUGCCUUCUAUUGAUGUCGACACGGGGCCCGACUACGAAGAGGGGGCCGUUGACUGGCGGAAUGCUUUUGAACGUGUUCCUGUUCGAAGUCAGAUGUGGGAUAUCUUGACAUACACACAUCGCAAUCAUUCAGCAUCGUACGAGAUGCUUCGGGAACUUCGAGGCUUAUAUUUUGCAAACAUCACCUGGCCAAUGGUCGACAUGUUCAAUAGUCUCUGUCCACAUUGCGCGAGCAAGAACAAGGGACCAUCUUCCAUCCAAGUCAAGGGUGACUCCGAGAGACAAUCAGAGAUUGGUUAA